UCAUUAACACGUUUGAAAAUCCAUUAUUAUGUUCCCGUGGUAUUUGCUUAAAAUUUAUUUUUCUUCUAAUUAGUAGUUACUCUGUUUUAAGCAAAUCGUUGACGUCAACCGUCUAGUAAAAGCACUUGCCAGUUGCCACUUGCCAGUGUCUGUGACGAUUUCUGAGGGUCGAGGGACAUUUGAACUUGUUGAAAAAUAAGGAGUUUGGUUAUGCCUUACGUAUUGUUACCAAUCACGAUAUGAUAAGCUUUGUGAGGUUUGAAAUCAUGAGUAUGUUGGUGUAUUGUUACUGUGCCCGCUCAUUCGGGGUACCGGAAAUUUAACCUUUCUGAAGGCGUGGCAUUAUGUUCAUUAAAUUGUUCAACAUUCAUUGAUUAUUUUAUUAUUAUUAUUUUAAAAUUGAGAUGGAACACUCCAAGGCAGAUAGUCGUGCAGUUGUCGAAGCUGUUGAUGCUGCGGAAGAAUAUGUCCAAAAACUGGAAGAUCUACUGAAAACCCUUACUGAAGCGGAACAUCAAGUGAAACACAGUGCCAAACAGGCAAGAGAUGAUGUCAAUUUUGCUUUGGACGCACUAGCAGCAGCAUUCACUAAUGCUUUAAAGCAAAGGCGCAGUGCUCUUCUUGAAGAAGUGGAUCGCUUGUGUAGUGAAGGACUGGCACCUCUAACUGAAUGUCGAGAUCUGAUUACCACUCAAAUGCAAGUGGCUCACAGUUAUGCUAAUGAAGGGAGACAUUCUCUAGAUGACAAUAACAAAUUUCCAGUAACUGAAAGCUGGGAUGACUACACUCACUCGUUUGCAGAGCGUGGUGCUGCAUUUCUCGGGAGGUUGCCAGCAGUCCCAAACUUGGAAGAUGUUCCUGGUGUGCAGUUUGAAUGUUGCCUGCAUGCUGUUGAAGCUGAUUUGGUGCAUACUAUCGAGAGGGUUGGCAGCGUGUCACGUCUUGGGCCUGUCCAAAUUUGUGCUGUUGAAGAAAAACCUGGAGCUCUGCUAUUGGCAGCAGGUGUCACAUUUAUGUAA